CUUGCUUUCUGGGUAUAUAAACCGCAUCAAGCUUAUCUCUGCACGCACUCCUGACUCCCAUUUGGAGAUAUUUCAUUAACCGCGCGCUGUCUUAACGCAGGCUACACAACUCAUCCAAUUCCAGUCAUCAGUCACCAGCGGAUUGCCAAACUGGUGCAGCAACUUUCCUGCAUACAUUUCCCCAGAAUAUGUCGUUGACCAACACAAAGACGGGCUUUUCUGUAAAGGACAUUUUGGACCUCCCUGACACGAAUGAUGAAGAAGGAUCUAUCACUGGACCGGAGGAAGAUAACGAGGGAUCAGAGACAACAAAAAACACUGGAGUUUUGGUGCAAAGUCCUCUAGAAAACGUUCAGAAUCUGCCUAUAAAGAACCCCUUUUAUGAUAGUAGUGACAAUCCUUACACAAGAUGGCUUGCCACCACGGACAGUAUCCAAUAUUCGCUGCAUGGUCUAUCAGCUAGUUCUCAAGACUCAGCCAAGUCCCCAGAACCCUCCGCGGACGAAUCGCCAGACAAUGACAAGGAAACUUCAAGCAACGGCAGCGACUCCGGUAAGAAGAGAAAAAGAAGAGUGCUGUUUUCCAAAGCACAGACGUACGAACUUGAGCGUCGAUUUAGGCAACAGAGAUACCUUUCCGCGCCAGAGAGAGAACACCUCGCGAGUUUGAUUCGCCUGACUCCAACUCAAGUGAAAAUUUGGUUCCAGAAUCAUCGAUACAAAAUGAAGAGAGCGCGCGCUGAAAAAGGUAUGGAAGUGACCCAUCUCCCCUCUCCCCGGCGGGUGGCCGUGCCUGUCUUAGUCAGGGAUGGAAAGCCUUGUCAUACUCUUAAAGCUCAGGACUUGGCGGCCACAUUUCAGGCUGGAUUCCCCCUCUCGGCAUAUAGCGCCCAGACCCUUCAUCAAAUGCAAUAUAAUGCUCAGUACAGCGCCGCCACCACGCCACAAUUCCCUUCAGCACAUCACUUGAUGCAAACGCAACAGUGGACUUGGUGAACUAGUAGAGACUGGCGGGGCUGCCCUUUAAGAGCACGAUAGGGGGUUCACUACAAAAUAAAGACUUUUCAUUUUGCAGCUUGACCCAUA